UGUGUGUGUGUGUGUGUGUGUGUGUGUGUGUGUGUAUGUGUGUGUGUGAGAGAGAGUGUGACUGCCGGCAGAAGGGACUAAACAGGAUUUUCAAUGUGGAAGUUUGUUCCUCUUAUCCAAUAACAAAACACAAGAUAAAAUACAUAGCUUUUUUCUCUUUUUCAAACGUAUGCUGGAUUAGCUGUUGAGAGAGGGGAUCACCUAGCUAUGGCUUACCGUCUGUAUGAAGGAAAGGAACAUGCUUCAUCCUACUGGAGGUACAGGAUCUCUCCAUCAGAUCAUCUGAUACAAAAAGUGCUUAACUUCCUGGAAAAACAGAUGGGUCAUCCCUUUGAGCUGGCAGUGGAUGUCGGUUGCGGCUCAGGUCAGGGCACACUGCUGCUGGCUAAACACUUUGCCUCCGUGGUGGGGACAGAUGUUAGUCCUGCCCAGCUGGAAAUGGCUUUGCAGUAUGCCAAAGAGCCAAACAUCACUUAUAGACAGUGUGUGGCCGAGGAGCUGCCGUUGGCUGACAGCUCAGUGGACUUGAUGACGGCCAUGUCUGCCUUCCACUGGUUUGACCGACCUCGCUUUCUCCAGGAGGCCCACAGAGUCCUGAAGCCCCGUGGCUGCUUGGCUCUGCUCAACUACACCAUUGACAUGCAGCUCAGCUACAAUGACUGCUGCUCACAUACACUCAACCAAGUCUGCAAAGAGUUUUAUGCAGCCUUGCAGCCUUACCGCAGUGCCCACCUCGGUCCCAGCUCUAUUGAGAUUUACCGGAAGGCCUAUGAAUCCAUCCCUUACCCUGACAAGGAGUGGUACGAGUGCGUGUGGGUGGAAAGGCCUAUGCCUCUGUCCAGUUACAUGGGGUUGGUGGAGUCUUUCUCCAGCUAUCAGGCGCUGCUGAAAGACGACAUGCAGAAAGCCACCGCACUCUCUCAAGACAUCCGUCAAAGGUUGAUGUACAUAAUGAGGGUGACCUCUGUGGAGACGGAGGUGGUGGUGGCUGUGAAGUAUUUUUACCUCCUGGCCUGCAAACCGCAGGAAGCCUGACUCCUGCCAGUGCUCGCAUUUUCAACGAAGUCAUGAAGAACCUUACGCUACCCCCCAGUCUUUUCUCAACUUUUCUGAGUGAAAGUUUUCUCCUAGACAUCUAUAUACAGGACAAGUUAGUUUGUUAGAUGUUUGCUACACAUGUAAAAGCUCUGUUUUUGCCCACAAAUGCCAAUUGUUUUAAAGGAAUUGCUUGAAACUUUUGGUAAUACUACUAUUCACUUUCAUGAGAGUGGAAUACAUUUUGUCAUCUAACUCUCGGCUUUCUUAAACUAUUGCUUUUGAAUUACACCAAGGGAGGUUCUACAGGUGAUCAGCUGUUUCUUAAAAAAACAACAUGCACACACAUUUUAUUUGAACAUUUAGUGAUUUGCGAAAGUACACAGAUGAUCUUUGUGUGAAGCCUUCUUAUGCAUUAGCAACACUUGAAUAUCGUAAAUAAUCUACUCGUAAUGGUUCACUUUCUAUGGCUCUCCCCCUGUGAACGAAGUAUAGAAGAGAAGUAUUUGAGAGGUUGUACCAUGUACCACUAGAGGGAGACAUGGGAUCAAAAGUGAUGAUUGGCACUGUCUUCAUGUGAGACACCAAAAUAUAUAUAUAUAACUCUCUAUAUAUAUACAGUAUAUAUAUUAUAUACAUAUAUAGUUAUAUAUAUAUAGUGUCAGAGCUGAGACACGUCUGCUCCUUUCUGCACCAGUGAAAAGUCAGACAGAGAAUGACUCUCAUCAUUCUGAGACAUCUUCAGACUCUCUUGCCAAGCUUGAAGGUCUCCUUGAACCUCAGCUGCUUUAUAGUCAGCCUUGAGUUUAUAUUUUUUAAGGCUGAUUCCUAAGAGUCUUGCCAUCUUGAAACACCUGACUGAGGCUACCUUUGCACCAGCAGUCUAAAUGUUUGCUGAUCAAUCUAUGUUAAGCUGCUCUCGAAAGGGAACCGUAUUUAAUUAAUGCGCUUCAUCAAAGUAGCCUGCAUGUCCAUAAGCAUUAUACACAAGGAUAACCGGAGCACAGAGAAGCCACCAUCACCAAAUGACACACAGGCUAAUAGACUGGAGGGUCAGCUGCCUGCAGCUCCCUCCUUGCAUCUUUCCGAACAAAAAAGCUUGCGAAUGCGGGUACAAUUUGAAUCGUGACUAUGUGCCGUGCCCGUGAUUAUUUUUCUUUUUGUAGUUUUCGCUUAUGCACAACCUCUUACCUGAUACAUUUUGAACUGAUAUGACAACGAAUUUGCCGGCAACGCAUCAUUUUGGACUACUCGGCUGUGAUUUUGAGAAGGCACUUACCCGAUGGCAAUAGUUUUUCAUUAUACAUACAAACUGGAUAUAACAGCUAUUUUUGUAACUGUUUGCAUCUCUUUCAGUAAAUAAUAUAUAUUUGUCUUUUAGUCAUUUGCUGCCAAUUGACUGAUGCCCCGGGAUAAACCUGUGGAUAAACCGGCCUUGCUAUAAUCUAGCAGGGGACCGCUACCACUAACCCCCUUCUCUGUUUGCUGGAAUACACCAGAGAGUGGAAACAUCCAAGAACACGUUCACUGACCUUCAGUAUCUCUGUAUUAAAAGAAAAAGUCCCACUGGCUGACUCAUGCUUCCUUACAAGUCUCACAGACUUUGUCAUUAGUCGUGUUUGUGAUGCUUGUCACGGUUCUCACAUCUCUGUGGAAAAUGCUCUCAGCAACUUUUUUCUACCACUGGCAGAUCUGCUCUGACAGAAUCCUGCACUUGUUUUUUUUCUUUACUCACAUUCCUACAAACACCAAACAUCCCAGAUGCCCUAACUUGUGAGGGCUGGCCUUAUUUAGGUGUUUGAAUCUCAGUCUGUGCUGAAGACAUUUGUUACGGACAGAAAGUGUAGCGCAGUGUAGAAGUGUUCAGCCUUCAGUUGUGCUAUGCCGGUAGCCGCCGGCGUGACUUGAGGCUGUGGUCCAACUGAUCGAUGCAGGUUUUGUGAGCGGACACAUUUGAAUGGUCUGCACCUGGUACCACAGUGACGGCAAGUUGUACGUUUUUAUAUUCUAGCCUUGAGCUAUUUCAGCAUCCGACUUUGGCCUCCCUCUGCCGUAAAGCCUUUGUAGUCACACCACACAGUCCUACUGUAAGUGUGUGUAUGUGUGAGCUUAUUUCUCUGUGAAAUAGAAAGUAUCAUUGAUCAAAAGAAGGUGAAUCACAAUGUUAAUCACUAUGUGUUUGAUUCUUGAGUCAUAACAUAUUUUGAAGGGCAUUUUUUAUGCAGCGGAAUUAUUCCAGCAUUUACGGCGCUUGUUCAGCGGUGCAGGAAAAACA